CAUAAUACGGUGUAACAAUGUUUCGGUGUAUUGAAUGUUACGGUGUAACGAAUGAUGCGGUGUAACGAAUGUUACGGUGUAAUAAAUGUUACAUUGUAACAUUGCUACUCUAUAAGAUUUGUUACACAUUGCAUUAUUCCUAUGGUUUUUAUUAGCCUGGUUAGCCUGGCUUAAGCCAUGGUUCAUGGUUCACUGAACCAGGAUUGAACCACAAAGGGAGGCUUAAGCCGAACCAAGUUUAUAGGUGAACCUAGCCUAACCGGUUCAUUUGGGAACUCUGCUUGAGCAUUUAGGUAAAUCGCUCUGUACAAGUCUACCGCUAAUACAAUCCCUCUGAAGGGUGCAAGAUGAUCCGAGGGCUCUGUUCUAGCCUAGAAGUAGAUUUAUUCCGGCGUCACCGAAAUUCCCAUGCUCCUACAAAAUGUAUGGGGAAAAAUCAAAGCACACUAAGAAGACUGUCUCGAUCAGAGAACGCCACAUGUCAAUCAGCCACCACGUGGCAUGUGGAUUUGUCAAUACUAUAAAAUUUUAUUUAGUCAGAUACAUGUGCAAAAACACUUUAUAAAUGUCAAAUAGCAUUUAGAACCUAAAUUUCCAGAUUCUCCUUUGCCACGUGGUGACUGAUUGACAUCCUGCGUUCUACGCAUAAUUGUCCCAUGUCAUUUUUGGACGAUUCUGACCUUUUAUCAUUUUUAUGCUUAGUUUUACGUAUACUUUCAGCAAAACACAUAAAAUCUAGUACUUUGUAAAGGAUAUCAAUGAACACAACACCAAGUCUGUUUGUCCCAUCGUUUAACUCCUACGCAUAAUUGUCCCACCAAGUAUUUUCUAUCACGAAAUCAUUAGUUUUACAAAGCAUUUUAUCUUGUUCACCUAUAUACCUGCAAGAGGAUUAUAAAUAAGGGUGAUAAAAUGUAAACCGGGGUGAUUUGGGACAUAUAGGGCGAAUAGGGACUCACGGAACAAUUACGAAUCUGCUUCUAGGCAAGACCAGAGCCCUCGGAUCAUCUUGCACCCUUCAGAAGUAUUGUUCCCAAGACUAUCCCUUUGGACCCCAUGAUAUGCAAAAAUCGUCAUUUAUUAGCGGCAGACUUGUACAGAGCAAUUUACCUAAAUGCUCAAGUUUUACGGGUUAAUUCCCAUUUAAAGUUGUUCCUGUUCAAGGCUAUCCAGUUUUCAACCAAAUGGGCUGACAUUUGGGCUGGAGACCCCAUUUUGAGUAUUAUUUUGGGCAAUCUCAUAUAAUUUUUGAUUUAAGCAUUUUUACUAUUUUGACCCGGGCUAAAAUAUAUACUUACAUUUCCUGUCAUUCUCAAAAUGGAAAAAUCGAAUUCCUAAUCGAGGACCAAAUUCACUAUUUAGGACACAGUUUCACGAAAAUCGAAGAGGGAUCCGAACAGUUUUGAAUGAUAAAUUUCUUUUAUUCUACUUUGGCACCCAUUUUAAAGUCAUGGGGAAAAUACGUUGCUAAAAGCUCAUGUCCAAUCGUAAUUGUAACCUUUGAAAAUGCGGAAUACAAUGCAAAACGGUUUUUUUCAUGACAAUACAAAUUCAACUGGUUUUAGGGCGUUCUACAAUGCAAUGAAUCGAAAAAUAAAUCAUAAACAAAUCCAACUGAAAAGAGCGUUCUUAGCAUUGAAUGUACUAGUUGAAACAAUUGCAUCACAUGUCGACAAUGCUUUCGCUACCUAUUAUCAGCUUAAUGCAUUAUGGUAACCUUUGUCGUUUUAUUUUUUACAUUUUUGCUCGGAUCAUACAGGAAACGAAUGGACAACAGGGUAACGUAUCAGGAGCAGUCUCCGGAGUACCAUUACGCAUGCCACCACCCACCAGUGGCGGGAUCAACGAGCCCCAGGAAUGUCCCUACUGUCGACGAACGUUUUCCUGCUACUACUCACUCAAACGACACUUUCAAGACAAACACGAGCAGAGUGAUACUUUGUACGUGUGCGAAUUUUGUCACCGCCGCUACCGGACCAAAAACUCCUUGACGACGCACAAGAGCCUGCAGCACCGGGGCUCCAGUGGAAUGCUGAAAAGACUCCUCAAGACAUCCGCCAUCAAGAACGUUCUCGGUGGGGCAGGGGCGGUCGGCGUGGGUCCGAACAAUAACUCAGGUAUUCAUCACGGAGCUAGCCAUCCGCGGCCACACCUAUUUGACUUUGCCGCCGAGCUCGGUCAGCCACCACCAGGUAUCCAGUAAUUUCCCUACACAGGAUCUCUCGAACAUCUUCUUCGAGUAAGAUCCUUCUCUUCUGAUCCUGCUCAAGCUAAUACCAGCCAGCUAGCGUCAUCAACAGAUAGAGAGAAACAAACAAAACAAAAACAAACGCAUAUGCAGCUAAGUCAUCCAUUUUAGUGUAUACAAUUUUAGCAUAAGUAACUGGCAGUUUGUCAAUGUCUAAUAGUUGUCAAGUCUCACACACAUACAAACUCACACACAUCAAACACGUGCGGGAUCGUGAUCCCACGCAAGUGGUCCACCAGCAUAUCUAUAUGGGUUUAAUUUCUUGCUUUGGUUUCAUCUUAAGCGGAAUGAGUUGAAAUUAUUCGACACCUGUGUGAAAUGAAAAAUGUGCAAUAUAAUUAAUUGAUGAAAUCAAAACUCCAUUUUAAGUUUUAUCAAAAUUUGGUCCGUAGGAUAUUUUAUUAUUGUUUUUUAAUUAUUUUUUCCAGACCGAAAUCUUUCUCAAUAAUUUUUCUUCCUCAAGCCCCAGGGGUUCUGACCUAAUUUGAAAUAUCAUCUACUAGCGUUUUGUAAAGAUCGAUUAUCCGUUAAAAUUUUUGAAAGUUCGAUUUCCGAUAAUGUAUCAGCUGGAUUUAUUAUAUUUUAAAUAGUAGUUUAUGCAACAAGUUGAAAAAUAAAAGAUUUUUUCCCCACAAGUCGUACAUUUAUCCAACGAGGUUUAUCGAGUGAAACGUUUUAUCCCCGCUUGAAUGUUUUUUGAUGUCAAGAUAAGUAUCGGACUCCAAAACAGUAUCGAAAAAAAUAAAGCCACCCUAUCUAUCUUCAUAAAAGGUAAAAAAUCGUGCACUUUAAAAAAGCCAUAGCCAUUCAUUUUCUAAAACAUCCAUCAAUUAAUAUUUAAAAAAAAUAGCUAGACAAAAACUAACAUACGGGACAAACGAUCUUUGCAAACUGCUGGUAAAAAGGCAACUCCUGAGAGAGAAAAAAAAACAACAACAACAAAAAACUAUUAAAACAUUCACUGGCUUUCUGUAAACCGUACUUAGCAGCAGGCAUUCGUAAAACGCAGUAUGCUUUGCGUGUGUUGUUUCACCAUAAGCAAAAGCUGUGAACAAUUGAACCUUUUUCCAGGGCUAGUACAGGCUUAUCCAAGCAACCUGGCUUACCACGAAAGGACUGCAUUGUUUAAUUUCACAGUUUAGUUUCGAAACAGCACACCACACGAACCGGCAUUUCGUCGUUUUGGUCAAGCUGAGUGUCACACUUUCAAAACCUGUGUGCAAGCAACAUAUCAAUUGAUUAAGUUUGUUAUAAACACUCUCUAAUGCUGGUUCUCGGAUUGAAGUUACAGAACGACCUUGUUUACUUUCAACCGAUUCAAAUACACGUUUUAAAUUAAGAAUUCUUAAAAGAAAUGAAACUGUGAUUUGUACAUUUUAACAAAAAAAAGAUAAUUUUUAAUAUUACUUAUUUUGUCUAUCCCGACUGUAGAUGAAAGUAAUAGAAAAAACUAUAAAAUUAUUAAACUGAAAAGAACUGAUUAGAUCAUUAUUAACUAAAUUUUUAAAAGCAAGCGAAAUGGGUAGAAAACUUUUAAAGAAAAACAAAUCGGAAAUACUGUAAGUGAUUUUGGCUGCCAAAGAUACUUCUCGUUUGAAAAAAAAGUCACACUUUAGCACUUUCUUUUCGGAAUUAGACAAAAAAUAACACACCUGCACCCUCACAGAGCCAGAAAAGCCACAAACAAGUAAGUUGAACAGUCAAACGGCAUCGUGGAAACUCACAAAACAACUUUACACAGAAUGUGCCAUUCAAAUAGAUAUUAUACAGAACCAAUCCCAAAUUUGAAACAUUUUCUUCCCAAUUGUUUCCAGACACUGAAUGGACUCAUAAUCAUGGAAAACGCUUGCAGAAUCUUGUCAUGCAUGUGUAACAUCAGAAAAGAAGUUUUGAAAUUAGGCUACACGUUACUAACCAAAUUUCAAUUAAAUCACAUUAUAAUUUUUUUUUAUGCAAAAACUAUAGAACAGCAAUUUUUAAAAAGUUUUUGCGAGCGUUUUCAUGAAGUGUCUUCUGACACCUGCAGUUUCACAGCAAGGAUUUAAAUGAUUACGCCUCAACCUUAUCGAAAUCAUCCAGUUUAAAAAGAUCGGAUCUAAUGUGCCAAAACGCGAUGGUUGAAAUCUAACGAGAUUUGUAGGUAGAAAUCUUUAAAACUCUCCUGCGGUGAAACAAUCCAUUUAUGUAUGCCAAUAAAUCAGUUACUUCUCAUCUACAAUAAGAAACAUCCAGCAACAAAAACAACAGCAAACGUGUAUACAAACAUACAAUAGGUCCACUGCAAACGAGCACUAUUGUCACUAAAUGUUGUACUACGAAAGAGAAUCAUACAUCAUCAAAAUUAAUGAAAAUAUCUUUCAAAACAUAUCUCGGCUCAACUUUUACAUUUUUUACAAAACAAAGAAAUCAUAUUUUAAUAAAAGGUAAUAAAAUUUAAAUAAAACUCAGUAUUAUAACUUUUAAACUAAUGUUUUACAUUUAAAAGAUUUAAAGUGAAUCAAACAAAUUUAAAUAUAAAGUGUCAUUUAAUUUGAUAAAUAGAACUAAGCAAAAUACGAAUUUAUAAAUGUAAAAAUAAUUAAGAAAAAAAAAGAAUUAUUUAAAGACAGAAAAUUCAUAUGCUGAUAGUUUGUAGCUCUGUAAGACUCUGUUAAUUUUACAAGUUAUAUAGAUAAAAACACAGAAAGAUACGAAUCAAUACAGAAUUGACAAAAAACAUUGUGUCAAAGGACCGGUAAGCAAAAUUCAACAACAAACACACAAACUAGCUCAAUACAUUGUUUUCAUGAUAACACGAAGGGAGACAAUUUGUUUCUAAUCAAUCUUACGGCCGCUUGAGAUCCGUGGGUAACUGAACCUUUUCAAGAUUUAUUCUGGUAUAAUACGCAAUUGUAUUCCAGCCAGUGAAACACACACUCACACAUGUAUUACACAGCCAUUGCGUGAUUCUCUUUAUGUAAACCAGUGUAAAUGCGUUCAAUGUGUCACAAUGGAAGAGAUUCGUAAAGAUAAGCAUAGAAAUAAGAGUGAGACGAAUUGAAGGUUUAAUUAUAAUGGAGCAAUCUUAUUGUUAAGAUCAUAUUGUAAACAAAAUGUCGAAAACGAAUAAUUUGGAGCAAACACACACAUACACACACAAGGAUCAUGUAUUUGUUUUAGUCAAGAUCCAUGUUACAUUACACUUGAACACUUCCCAACUUAUUUCAUAAAAGAUUAAUUUUAAUUUCGUAAACGGGUUAUCAAAUUUAAACAUUACCGUUGCCAAGCAACAAGCCCUAUUGUAUUUCCAGGUAGUGAGUACACAUUGUUCUCAUUUCAUAUCACAAAGAACAUGAGCAUACAAAACAAAAAGAUAACAACGCCCAGUGUAUAUAAGAUUCUAUUCAUUUGGAACUCAGUCCUCCAUCAAUGUAAAGUGCACAAUGUGAAUAAGGUGAGACAAAUUUAUCCACACCAAACAAACAAACAAAAAAAAACAAACAAAAAAUACUAUGCCUAUUUGAAUUGACGGGUUCUUGCCAUUUUUAAGCAUUAUGAGUCAGACCUUUGCAUUGGUUUUAAAACACUUUUUUUUUGUUUCGCUUAUUAUCAUUUUGGCUUUGAUUUGAUAAUUCAAGUUUAUGUCACCAUUUUAAAUAAACAUUGGUUCAUAUAUGUUUGUUUAUAGAAUUUUACGGGAAUCAAGCAAGCUGUAUGUGAUUUGAAGCAUAUGUUUUAAUCAUUUCUCAUUUUUACUCUUAAAUUGACUAUAGUUAGAAGUAACUCUUUUCAUUUCGGUUAAGAUUCCGUCAAAGUUCACGUACAGAACAAGCUACAAAGUUAAAACAAUUAUCAGUUCAAAUGCAACCGAGCUGCCUUUCAGACAGUACAAGAAAACAAAGAAGAAAAUAGAAGAAAACAUAUUUUAAGCAUGGAAAUUUAAACAUGUCAUAGAUAUUAAACAUGCUCUUUGUCUGAUUUAGGUAAUGAAAUUUCCAUUAAUAUUUAAAAAAAAAAAAAGAAAACAGUAAACAAAACAUAGAAAUAUGCAACAGAAAUGACGAUAUACCUCAGGUUUUAGAAAGAGUAAAACAAAAUUUUAACACAAGAAACGCAUUUUUACAGUUAGUUGAAUGAGCAUUUUGAACUGGGCGGAAAAAAAAAACAAAAAAAAAAGCAACACAAUCAACACAUCACUUAUACUCACUUGAUUCAAGUCGGGACGUCGCCACGUUAAUGAAAAAGGAAUAGUUCAAUAAAACGGCAAUUACAUUGUACCAAAAUGCCCCGACGACAACAAACAAAAAACAAAUCUGCAUAGCUUCAAAAGCUCGGCUCAAGAGAAAAAAAAA